UCUCUCUCCGGGACCCAAACUUGUUUCAGGAAAAAGCGCCUGAACAUAUUUUUUUUCUCUCGCUGCGCUGCAAGAAACAGGACGGCCGUGUCCUCCGUGCAAAGGAGAAGGCGUAGACUUCCUCCAAACAUUUCCUCCGCCAUCUCCGCUUUCGAGACUCACAAGUUUUGUGGUCUCUUUGUAACGAGAGGAGUUUUUAUUGUAUCUCUUUUUGUUUUGUUUCCUCCACCACCACCACCACCACCAGGUUGUUUCUUUCUCUGACAAGGAUUCCUGCGUGUUUUUGCAGACAUGGACUGGGGAACAGAUCUUUGGGACCAGUAUGAUCACAUCGACAAGCACACGCAGUCAGGCCACGACCUGGUGGAUCGCUACAUAAAGUUUGUGAAGGAACGGACGGAGAUAGAGCAGAGUUACGCCAAACAACUCAGGAGUCUAUCAAAGAAAUAUGCCAAACGAGGGAGCAAAGAAGAGCAAGACUGCAAAUUCAGCAAUCACGCAUCACUCCAGGAGAUCCUGAACGAGCUGAACGAUUACGCCGGCCAACGGGAGCUCAUCGCUGAAAACAUGAUGACCGGCAUCUGUGUGGAACUCGCCAAGUACCUUCAGGAGCUGAAGCAGGAACGCAAAACACACCUAUCUGAUGCCAAGAAGGCCCAGCAGGUUUUAGAGAGCAGCUUUAAACAACUAGAAAGUAUUAAGAAGCGCUAUGCCAAGGAAUGGGCAGAGUCUGAAAAAGCCACACAACAAGCAGAGAAAAUAGAGAGUGACGUCAAUGCCACCAGGCUCGAUGUCGAUAAGGCCAAACAACAUGCCCACGCCCGCACACACACAGCGGAGGAGUGCAGGAACGACUAUGCAGCACAGCUCCAGAAAUACAACAAGGAACAGAACUUCUACUACUACUCGGAGAUACCGCAGAUCUUCAACAAGAUGCAGGACAUGGAUGAGCGGAGGAUUCGGAGUCUGGCGGAGGGCUACUGCCAGUUUUCAGAAAUCGAGAAGAAGGUGCUGCCCAUCAUCACCAAGUGUUUAGAAGGGAUUUCUUCAGCAGGGAGGAAAAUUAAUGAGAAACAGGACUCGAUACUGUUCAUAGAGCAGCACAAGUCUGGUUUUGAGCGGCCUGCAGACGUAGAGUUUGAAGACUACACCCAAGGAAUCAGACCAGCAACCUCCGAGUCCAGCCUCAACCCCCCCAAAGUGCGCACCAAGCUCUGGCCUUUCAGCAAGAAGCACAAGAUAGCGCAUGCUGAAAAGCACAUGCCACCUGCUGCAGAAGAUUUCUCUCACCUUCCUCCGGAGCAGAAGAAGAAGAGGCUUCAGGCAAAGAUUGACGACAUCACCAAAGAGCUGCAGAAGACGCAGGACCAAAGCGAGGCACUGGAGAAGAUGAAGGGUGUGUACGAGCAGAAUCCACAGAUGGGAGAUCCCUCCAGUCUGGAGCCUCAGAUCUCAGAAACUGCCCAGAACAUUGGCCGCCUGACGGGGGAGCUCGCCAAAUAUGAGACGUGGCUGUCAGAGGCAGUGGGAGGAGAGGAAUCUUCCAACGCCAUCAACAAUAAUACUCAACAUGGUGUGGUAGCAGCUGACCAAUUUCAGAGCAUCUACUCAGAGUUCGAUGAUGAGUUUGAAGACGUAGAAAAUCCUGUUGGCCAGUGCACGGCUCUGUACACCUUUGAAGGCAACAGCGAGGGCACCGUUUCCAUUACGGAGGGAGAGAUGUUGAGUAUAAUGGAGGAUGAUAAAGGAGAUGGAUGGAUGAGAGUCCUCAGAGCCAGUGGAGAUGAGGGCUAUAUACCUUCAUCCUAUGUCAAACUUGCCCCAUAACACACACACACACACACACAGCUUGUAGGGUAGGUUAGGAGCCAAAGGUGAAUACAAAGUCAUCCACAAUAAUUGGAGUUCUCUACAUCUUUUAUCUCCGGUGUAUGGCGAGAUGAGAGUGAGUGAUUUAGAAAGCUUCUUACACACAGUCCCCGUCUCUGCUCGCUGCGGCAGACGAUCUUCAUGGAUUUCAGCUCUUUUAAAUCCAAACUUGUGAAUGUAUACCUGAACUUUUUGUUGUUGCAGCGUUAAGUGAUGACUAGCGUAACAUAUCCAGCACCAUAGUAGCCUUUAAGCGCUACAUAUCUUUAUGUUGAUAUAUCCAUUCACUUGACUUUUUACCCCACCUGCUGAACCUUUUCUUCGUGUAACAACGGCCCUCUGCUAAAACGGCUUUCCUGACAGGACAAAUGUGAGUUUUGUCUUUUUAUUAUAGUGAUGACUUAUAACUGGAUUAAAACCACUACUCUUAACGUCUCACCAUGGAGUGUCACUGUAAAGUAUAGAUUUAAAUGUUUGUUUUAAUGGUAAACGGACUGUACUUGUAUAGCGACUACUCAACGCGCUUUAACACUACUUGUCAUCACUCACCCAUUCACACACAUUCACUGAUGGCUACCACGCAAGGUGCAACCUGCCCAUCAGGACUCUAACAUUCAUACACCGUAGCCACAGCUGGGGUUGCCCAAGGACACAUCGAUAUAGCGGAGCCGGGGAUCGAACCCUGAUUGAAGGACCCUGCUCUACCACUGAGCCACAGUCGCCCCUCAUGUCUGUCUUCUAACAGUCAUGUGCCCAUAUGAACUUUGAAAUACAUUUUGCUCGCUGCAAUCAUUCGUCUGGUUCAUACUGGCCAUGAAUAGAUUCCUAAUGUGCUUCUAAUGUAAGUGAUGCGGGACAGAAUCUCAUUCUGAGUCAAGGUUUUCUGAAAAUGUGAAGCUCAAGCGGUCUGGGUUAGACUAAUCAAGUGGGUAUCUUUCAAAGUUUGUGUUUUUAACAAACAAUUCCCUCCACGACAGCUCAGCAGGAAAACACCAAGAGGAAUGUAAUUCUAAAAAGACAAAUUAACUUCUAUAUUUAUAAGAUAUAGAUAUAUUUUUCAUCACUCACUUAUAUUGGAAGCACUUAAGACUUUUUAAAUAAUCAGUAUGAACAGGAAGAAUAACGGCAUAUUAAAAACUGCUUCAAUGUACAUGUAUGCAUGAGAGUACUGUUUCAAGACAACUUAAAAAUGGAAACUUA